AUCACAGCUGUGGAAAAUGUCGCCCGCGUUUCAGAAUUAUUUAUAAAAUCUUAGUUCUAUAAAUAAACAUUGGAGAAAAUUAUAACAACACGCUUUCACUAUUGUAGACGGCGUUAAAGGUGUUGUGUUUGUCAAAAAUUUAAUACGCAGCGUAAAUGCGUUGUAAAUUUGCAAUGUUUACGCCAAUGAGAACGUUUAUUUAUGUAUUUGUGUCGUUAAAAAUAGUGACUUAGUUGAAAAAGAUAAUUUAGCUUUAGAAUACGACUAGUUAUUUUGUAUUGCACAAAUAUUCGUGUUUAUAUAAUUAAUGGUUAAUUUUUUCAAGUGAUUAAAAUGUGCAAAGUGUUUAUUCUAGUGUGAAUGAUUGGAUUAUGAUACCAAAUUAGACCUGUUUAUUGUAUUGAAGAUCCUGUGAAAAAAAUAAAAUGCCUGGUAAAAUAAAGGUUAAAGUGCUAGCCGGUCGUAAUUUGCCGGUAAUGGACAGAGCAAGCGACACUACAGAUGCAUUUGUCGAGAUCAAAUUCGGCGGUGUAACACACAAGACUGAUGUAUGUCGGAAGUCAUUGAACCCUCAGUGGAAUAGCACUGAAUGGUACAGAUUUGAGGUUGAUGAAUCAGAACUCCAAGAUGAACCACUUCAACUGCGUCUCAUGGACCACGACACAUAUUCAGCUAACGACGCGAUCGGUAAAGUCGUUAUUAGCCUUGCACCGCUAUUGGCAAGAGAGGCAAAUAAUGCAAAUGGGACCACAGGCCCACCAGGCGGUGCAGUUAUGUCCGGCUGGAUACCGGUGUUCGAUACAAUGCACGGUAUCCGCGGGGAGCUGAAUGUUAUCGUGAAAGUGGAACUAUUCUCGGACUUCAAUAAGUACAAGACGUCUAGUUGUGGCGUGCAGUUCUUUCACUGCCCAAUGAUACCACCUGGAUACAGAGCGACUACAGUUCACGGCUUCGUCGAGGAGUUGAUAGUGAACGAUGACCCCGAAUAUCAAUGGAUCGACAAGAUCAGGACACCGCGAGCGUCAAACGAAGCCAGGCAGGUUGCCUUCAUCAAACUUAGUAACCAGGUACAACGGUUAGUCGGUUUGAAAGCAGCUGAGCUGGGAGCUAACGCCGUGGUCGGCUACCAGCAAGACUUUGAUUUGGAAGGAGAGGCGGGUGUUGUUGCUCGAGCUAUCGGUACAGCUGUUAGUAUAACGGCACUGCCGACGCCGAGCUACCCGACAAACAUUCCCUGUACUCAACAACAAUUAAAAAAGUACUUGGACAUUUUAGCGACAGACGAAGAAAGCAUUACAGACUUGAAUCAAUACUAUCAAACUCACCAGGAGGAAUUGCAACGAAUUGUGAGCAUUUUAAAUCCUAACGCUACGGCGUUUCUAGACGAAGCAGACAAUAUCGACGAUGACGAAAAAAGUUUAGACCUGUCCACGCAAAAACAGCAGAGUCAGAAAACUUAUACCGGUGAUCUUUCUAUCUAUCAAGACAACUAUGUCGCUCAGAAAAGCCUAAAACAUUUGUCCGAAGAUCAGAUCGAUCUAAACAAACUUUUAAAUCGCGAAGAUCCUACAGAAUCCGCGGGUCCUUUAAAAGCUAUAAAAAAGAUAAAAGAUAAUUUAUUCUCGAAAAAGUUUCAUAAGCGGUCCCGUAAACCGGAAAUGCAAGAUGAUCAAGUCUCGCUUCAAUCGACUUCAUCGGAUACGUCUCGUAUAUCGCUGACAGAUAUUAAGAAGGAGAUAAAGAAAAUUAAGAAGUUGAAAGUAAAAAAGCUUCUCAAAGUUGAAAAUAAAGAGGAGGAAGGUUACGGUAUGGCUUCAAUACUCGCUCGAUCAGUGAUGCAUGCUGAUAGAAGUUUAGCUCGUAUUUCUGAACAUCAAGAUUCGGAGAGCUCUCCUUGCUCAACUUUACGACGAACUAGUGAAUCGGAACCAGUUUUGAAUUUAUCCGACGAAGAUGGGACAGACUUUGCAAAUAAAAACCGAGGAAAUAUAAGCGGUAACAUACCAGAGAUUCACUGUAGUUCAUUAGAAAAUAUAAAGAGUCCAGAUAUGGAGCGUGAAAGAAAGAUAUCAGAGUCGUGUCCUCCUACUCCUGUAGCAGUACGAACCGAUAAUCUUCUGAAAUUACCUGGUGAUGUCGAUUUUUUUGGUUCGAUUUCAUCUGCGCUUUCUGCUGAUAGUUCAGAAAUAUACACGUCAUCAGACGAAGACGAUGAAAGCUUUGGAAUGAAAAGUGAUCCCGAACCAUCAUUGGAAACAACAAGUUCUGUAGUACAAUCGGUACUCAGUAAAGACGUAGAUCCAAAUUUUAUCGCUCAAAUGGAAAAGAAACUAACAGUUCUUGAAUUAACAAACAACGACACGGUGAAAAAAUUAAAAAACAUAGAAGAAAAACCAGAUAACAAUGUAAUCAUACAAACCACUGAUCCUGAAAAAGUAUUACAAAAAGAUAACACCACCAAUAGUGAAUCAGACGCCGUCGACUCCAAGAUUUCUCCAGCCCGGGAUCACACGUGUGUAACUUCGUCAAAUUCACACUCUAUAAAUAUGGCUAAUCCUUUUGCGCAUAAAAAAGCUUCGAAGAGUAUUAGCGCACCGUCAUCCCCUAUAGAAAAGAAAGGUUUCAUGUAUCGCUCCUCAAAACGGAUUAAGCGACAAAUAUCAAAGAUUUCAAAAAGCAGCAUGAUCAAGAGCUUAUCACAUUACUCGUUGUUACCAAAGAAAAAGCACGUUGAUCCUAAAACCGCAAUGAGUCAACCUGGAUCCGCUUCUGAUGUUACCUCUAAAGCUCCUAGUGAAACCGUAUUAGGUUCUCCUUUUCUAUCUUAUACAGAUUUGAUAAGUUUAGAUAAGGAAGGGUAUAGUUCUUAUAAUCGUCUUCACAAAAGUGAUGAAAUCAUUACAUCUAAAGUAUCAAUGUAUAUAGGAUCGGAACCAGUAUCUCGGGCCUCUUUGAGUGGUACAUCGAGUAUGAAAGACGAACAUCAUUAUUACGAACAAAAGACAUUGAAAAAAGACAAAUCCAAGCUCAAACCAACGGGUUUGAUUCAUACCGCUAUGGAAACAAUUUUAAUCGAUAAAGUAGAAUCCUUAUUAAUACCUACAAGUCCUGAUCCUAUUAAAGCUGAAGAUCAAAAAUUCUUUGCCGAUGUCAAUGAGAAAUUAGAAAAAGUUGAAGAAGCACAGACAAAAGAACGUAGCCGCAUUGAAGGCCCUAUUCAAAAUAAGGGCGUAACAGAAAACGAAAAGAAUCAACGAAAGUUAGUUAGACAAGAUAGCAUUCGUUCAGCAAGUGAAACUGUGUCGUCUAAAAUGUCCAAGAUCGUAGAACCUAACGUCAUUCCAUGCAAAUUAACUCACACGCCAGUUCUUCAACAUUUCCAUCCUAUACUUAGUGGCCCACCCUUAGAGACCAUUCCAUCCCUGCCGGAGGUCAGUGUAGAUAGAACCGAGAGUCUAGACGUAGAGGGUGUUGAACCUACUAACAGUGUUAGCGUGUGUUGUAACUCGCAUGCAGCGUGCGGUGUUGACAGGAGCGAGCGAGAACGAGAUAAGUACGAUAAAGACAAGAACGACAAGGAAAAGGGAUCGCCCAGACAUGCGAGGCACGAAUCGUACGGAGGUCGGGACCCGGUUGCGACUGCCACUGUGCAGAGUUCAUCAUUACAUUCUUCAUCCACUCCGAUGGGUAUACAUAGACGAUCGUCUGAUUCUGAUCUCAGCGUGACGCCAAAAGGCAACUCCUUAAACGCUUCUGCUGGAAACACUGGAAGCGGCGGGGGUGCUAUUCUACGACCAUCGAUGAACAGCAACAAUAUAGACAUGUUGGAGUACCCUUUCCUCACUAUGACCGAGUAUCCUCCGGGUUUCAUUGUUCAUAUCGGCGGCACGGUGUGCGCGCGCUCCGUGAAGCUGGUGGACGGCGGCGGGGAGAGCGCGGCGCGCGCGGCGUGGUGGGCGGAGCUGCGCACGGAGCUGCGCGCGCACGCACGGGCUCUGCGCUGCACCGCCGUGCUCGCCUACACCGAGCGCGCCGCCGUGCGCGAAGAUGUAUGCGUCCUGUCCGCUUCCGGCACUGCCGCCGUCAUCAACCUUGACUGCGAUUUCACUGUUGACGAGCCCACAGUGUUGAGCACUGGUUCUAAGAACACGUUAGAAGAGUCAGAAAUCGAACCGUGCUCCAUAGCGCACGUGCCUUACUCUCCAGGGGCGGGGCCUUAUCGCGCUGAGCUAGCUACGUGUGGAGGAUGCAGGAGAGCAAGAGUACCGUCAGUUCUUCUAGCUACGUGCGCGAAACCCAACAGACUGGCUUCAUACCCUAAAGCCAUAACGCUUACAGCUGUUGCGGCUAGGGGCCGUCGUGCCGUCGGCGCAGAAGCCGGAGCGCGGGAUCUGUCCGACCAGCUACCCUUCCUCGAGUAUGAACUGCACAAGCUGCUGCUCGCCAAGUUGAGAAUGCAGGGCGCGAAUGCGAUCUUCUCGCUGCAGACGCAGAUCGCGAUCGGCGAGCGCAGCGUGCUCGCGCUCGCCAGCGGCACCGCGCUGCGCCUCGCCGCCCUGCCCGCGCCCGCGCCGCCGCGCCUCAAGGCGUCAGAAAACGACAAAAAUGCUAUUGAAAUUCAAAAGGCUUUAUGGGACACGUUCGUGGCGAACAAGGCGGCAAACGGCUACGAUAUCGGCGCGCCGGAGCUGAGCAGCGCGGGCUGCGUGGAGGCGGAGGGCGACGAGGCGCCGGCGCUCGACCUGUGCGCCGACAAGGACGCCUGCGUGCUGGAGCUGGACGAGGCCGAGGACGUGGAGACAGCACGUGCGCUGUGCGUGCGUCGCGCACACAUGUGUGUGUUGACUACCGCUCAGCGCACCGCCAACGCGCCGCCGCACGCAUUCACGCAGGUGUGGCGCGCGCGCCUGGGCUCGGGCGGCGCCAGCGCCGAGCGCCUCGUGGCGUGCGCGCUCAACGGCGCCGCCUACAAGCUGCGCCGCCUGCAGCCCGCCGCGCUCGCCGCCACCUGCUUCCAGCUCGACGCGCCCGAGGAUGAAAUUCAGCUCGUAGUAUCGGGGACGGCUAUACCUCUGCUGGAUCCGUCCAAAGCCGAAUACAGCAACGGCGAUAGAGCGACGGUGGACGGAGACGACGAUAUAUUCGCGCUCGACGAGGAGCAACUGGUGAAAACGCAAAGCGAAGCCGUCGAUGAUAGGAAUAACGCACCGUGCGCGGGCGGAGGGGCCGGCGGAGGGGGCGGCGGAGGGGGCGCGGCGCGCGUGUCGCUGUCGACGCUGGGCGGCGUGGUGCGCGCGCGCGCGUGCCGCCGCGUGUGCGCGCUGCGCCUGCUGUUCGUGCGCGAGACCACCGCCGUGCGCGAGCUGGGCGGCCUCAGCGGCUUCCUGCACACCUUCACCUGCGAGGUGCUGGCGAUCGCGCGCGCGUACGCGGCGGCGCUGGGCGGCAACGCGCUCACGUCGCUGUACCUCGCGCACCUGCUGCUGCACCACAACGCGCACAAGAACCAGGGUCAAUGUCUUCUAUCGGUGGGCGGUGACGUCGUGCAUGUUACCUAUUAAAUAUAUACUUUAACCGCCUUACUAACAAAGGUUGCAGCAGUUGAAUGGUUACGAGUAGAUUCAUCUCUCUCUGACAUUAGUGUUUUGAUCUUGGAAAGAAAGAGAUAAAGCUAUUCAACCAAUAUAUACAAGGCUCACUAGUAAGGGGGUAGUAAAAUAAUCAGCACUAAUACGUCUUUUGUUUUAAUUAUAAGAUGUAAAUUAAAAAAGUAAUAACUUAUUGCUUGAAAUUUAAAGUUAUUUUGAUAUAUCUAUGUAAUCGCUUAUACAUAUAUACUGUCCGUGAUUAGAUAAGUUAUUUUAAUUGAAAAAAAAAAAAUGUUUUGUGGUAGAAUUAGUAUGGUCCAAAAUAAUGUUCUAAUAUAUACGUCAAUAAGUGUAUUAAACGUAAAGUAUAAACUAUUCGUGUACUAAUUGAAUAUAAAUUAUAAACUAACUAGUAACUGGUUAUAUACUAACGGUUUUAUCUGUAAACUUUGUUUAUGAGAAUAUACAUACAGUCUAUAUAGUUAUCAACUUUUUGAAGUCGAACUAGUGACUUUAGCAACUUAAUAUUUUGAUAAUUAAUCGAUUCGAUUAUUGAAAACUUAUGAAAACGUAGUAUCAAUGUUUGCUGUUAAAAAAAAAAACUUUAUUUUGUUGACGGUCUAUAUCCCUUGAGUAAAUUAUCAUUAAAUACAACACAAUAAUAAUUUUCCUUUAUUGAUUUCUGGAAUAGCUACGUUCUAAGACAGAUAUCAAAAUGUGAAUAACCAAAUGGACGGAGUUAAAUAGUGCUGUCUUCUUCUUUCGUAUGUUAAAUCAAUAAUGGAAAGAGAUGAAACAUUAUUUAACUAAAAUUACGCUAAACAAAGUUUAUAAAUGAAGUCGUAAGUAUUUAUUACCAACUAUUAUUGAGCUACUUGUACUUUUUUUUCGAUAUUAUUAAUGGCCGGCCGCUGAGAGAAUCAGUUCUGACGUUUGUCAGUUUGUCAUGACACCAAGGAUAAACAGUUGACAAUUGACAUAACCUUGUAACAAUGCGAUAUAGAUUAAAAAAUGUUUUCGUAUUUUUUUUUUUUAAAUAAGAACCGGGAGUACUUAUCACGUCAAUAUUCUAAAUUUAAAUCUUGUUAAACCGUGAAGCGCAAAAUGUUGUAUUAAUAAUAUUACAUAUUAACCGAAUCGCGCGGUAUAUUCUGGUAUAAGUGCUAUGUAUAUGUUUAACAGUUAUUUCAGAUAGCGAUUCAGCUAAAAUUUAGUGCAAUUUUAUAACGUGAAUCGUAAAUUGACAUAUUAAUACAAAAGCGCCAUUUUAUUUGUCACUUAAAGUUGUAUUGUUUAUCGCGGAUUAGACAGGACGCAUUCUGUCAUCGGUCGGACGAAUGAAGAUGUUACAACAACAUUUAUACGUAAAUGUGAAAGUUUUGUUUUAAAUUGAUACAAUAACUGAAGCAUAUGAAUAGAAUUUGAUUAAUGUAAAGUAUUUAAUCUACGGUUGUCUUUAUGGUUUCGUAUUUAUUUUAGUUUUUCAACUAAAAUGAGCUCUAUGACAAUAUAAAUUAGGUUUAAAAAUCGUUUUACAAUAUCUUUAUAUAAAAAGCCAUUUUUAAAUGUUACGUAAUUUAGUUACUACUUUGAAUAUUUGCAGUUACUGAAAAAAAAAAUCACUAUUAAAUAACCGUUGAAAACAUGCUUUCAUUCGGUAGCCAUUUUUAUAUAUUUUCUUCGCGUGUACAAUAUUCUCUCUAGUAGUAUAGAAUUUAUAGUCACAAGCACCAAAUGUAUGUACAUUGCUUAAUAGUUGUGUGGUUUAAAAUUCCGUUGCCAGGUUCGACCCACACACAAAAAGGUGAAGUUGAAUUCUCGUAAACAAAUGAACGAUAUAGUUGAGUUCAUUCGUAUUAUUUCACUUUGAAACACGCCAAAAGGGAUAUCUCUCUAAUUUUAAACCUUAAUCAGAUAUAUAGUGAAAAGUUUUACUAAAAUAAUUUGUUAAUAUCGAUUUUAAUCUGUGGCAAAACGAUAUUACGUUAUCAAAUGGAAAAACACUUGUCGAGUCCAAUAGCAGGAGUAAAAACUGUUUGGUAUACCAAGCAGAACCUAGUCCGAUGAUUCUAACAGAACUCUAACUCACGUAUGCCUUAUCAAACGUAGGUGGGCAUUAAAAGAGGAUUUAAAAAAAUGAAUCUUGUGAUGUUAGGAAUAUGGAAAUCGAUAUUUGGGCUGAUGUUAAUAAGUUGAAGGCAGAUGCUAAAAAAUAAAUCGAAAAUUCAUCACCAAAGAAGCUGAAUAAGUUUCAGGAUGAUAGUUUGUACGGAAUUCGUCAUUGAAAGUUGGUUCAUGGAAUUUAGUGCGCCGCUUAUGAGUAAAAAUAAUAAUAUUUUAUAAGUGGAUGGUACCUACCAGAACCUUCUUGCCCAACUUUGAAUUGAUAUAGUUCGUUAUAUUGAUAUAGUUUAUAGAUAUCUAUGGUAUAAUUAUUGAUCCGUAAAGAAACGGCGUUUUGAAUGUCAGUGAAAUUGUUACAGCUUGCUAGAGAAAUUAAAUCAUACAAUCGUACAUCUACUCGGAUUUGUUUAUUUCUACUCGUUUGCAAUUGGAAUAUAAUAUACUAUAGUUACAUAAUUAUUUAUCUGUGUGAUUUAAAAUACAAAGUUCUUCAGAUAACAAAUCUCAAACGUAUGUUUGAUUACAAUUCGGAUUAUUUGAAUUUAAGUUGCACUGUUCAUCAAUAGUUUAUUCAUAAUUAUAUACAUAUAAAUUUUGAUAUUUGAAUAUAUCAAGAAAUUACGGAUUUAUUCGUACUUGGUGUGAUUGUAGUCGUCUUUAAAAUUGCUCUCGUUCCUGUUCAAAUAUCAAUCAAUGCAACAUUUGAUACAUUUAAAAUCGAUUACGUUACGUUAAAAUCAAUUUCAAAACAUUAUAUAUUCGUUUAUUGAAACUAGUGAAUAAUUUGUUUCUUGCCAGAUUUAGUUUUUAGUUUAAAAAAGUUCCUUUAUGCACACUUGAAUAGAAUCGGUAAGUUUAGUCGUCUGUAGUAAUGUGAGUUCGAGAUGAGUGGACUUUGGUGCUACAAACUUAACAAUUUAAUAAAAGCGAUAUUUUUUUUAAUAGCAACGUAAUCUUUGGAUGCUUUUUUCGUAACGGUUUCUUUUUCAUUUACUUUGAAUUUUUACGUACUAUUUUAGCGAUGUACUCGACUGUAAUGUAGUUUUUUUAAUCAAUUUACAUAUAUUUAUAAUUUUUGUACGAAAAUAUAUAGUACGUAGAUUUUGGCAAAGGUAAUUUUCAUUAAAUCAUAUAUGUAUUUAUCUUUAUAUUUUAUAAAAACUACUUAAUUAUUUGUUACGGUGAUUAAAACGUAAUUUUUAAUAUGUAUGAUAGGCACUUACGGCCGUCCAACAACCGAACUUCGAACCCAAACGAGUUGAUCGCUUCUAUGACCGCGACGAGAAUUCCGAACUUCCGAAACUCGUUAAUAUUUCACACACAACUGAAACUUAAACUUGACAGCCGCGCUCUCUACAGAAUUGCGUUCGAUUCGAUUUCAGUCGAAGUCGAUGUACGCAUUUUGAAAUACAUAUGUAAUUUAUUUCUAUAGCUCUUAUACUAGCGGCAAGAUACGAUGGCCGUUUUGACACAUUAAAAAAGUGAUGUGAAAUGUAAAUUUAUUAUCGAUAUAAUAUAUUCAAAUCUUUGUUUUUUUGCAAGUAAUUUA